GUCCUUUAUAAGAGGGCAAAUAGUGGAGGGUAGCAGGAAGCCAAGCAGAACCCUAAAGUGCUAAGACAGAGAGAGGAGAGACAGAAGAGAUAAGAGGCUGAAGAGAGUUAACAUCAGCCUCCAAGUUAGCUUCCAAUUCUUGGUGAAACUCCCAGAGGGAGACUGAUAAAUCAUGAAGUUAAUUGCCAUCAUUUUCCUUUGUUCCAGGCUGCUAACAAGUUUCGCCCACCAGGACCAACCUCAAGAAAUUGACUGCAAUGAUGAGGAUGUAUUUAAGGCUGUGGAUGCAGCUCUGAAGAAAUACAAUAAUGGAAGAAAAAGUGGCAACCAGUUUGUAUUGUACCGCAUAACGGAAGUCAUCAAGACGGGAGACCGGAAAAUAUUUUAUUCUGUCAAGUACGAAAUCAAGGAGGGCGACUGUCCUGCUCAAAGUGGCAAAACCUGGCAAGACUGUGACUACAAAGAACCUGAGCAAGCUGUAAGUGUGAUGGUCCGGAGCCUCCAGUUUUCUCAAUUGAGACCAAAUUAUUCUGUUAGUGCUGGGGGUGAUGAGUACUGUGGAGCCUGUUUGUGAGGAGUGCACAUAAAUGCUCAUAUGUGUACA